AUGAGUAACAACAAUAACCCAUCCGAUGGAGUUGGUGAACCUGAUGAUAUGCCCGUUAAACCUCCGAAGAUAUUCGAUUUCGCUGAUUGGCCUUUUGAAAUUCCUGAUAUUUUCAAGAGAAAAGAACUCUCUUACAACUACAAUUAUGAUUUGGCAACAUCGAAAAGUUUGAUGAUAAUUCGAAUGAUAUUCAAAUGGCGUGGGUCUUUAUGGGAGGCUGUUUACAAAGAAUUGAUUGUUUGGAUAUGUGCCUACACAUUUGUUUCAUUAAUCUACCGAUUCGCACUGACAGGAAGUCAAAAAGAUCUUUUCGAAAGAUUUGGAGAAUACUGUGAUGCUCGAAUGGGAUAUCUCCCACUCAACUUCGUACUAGGAUUCUUUUGUAACAUAAUUAUUCGAAGAUGGCUCAAAUUGUACACAAGUCUCGGAAAUAUUGACAACAUUGCUCUGUUUGUAUCCGCUUAUGUUCGAGGAAAAGAUGAUAGAGCAAGACAGAUUCGGAGAAAUAUUAUCAGAUACUGUGUUCUCUCCCAAUGCCUCGUUUUCCGUGACAUACACGUUGGCGUUCGACGUCGUUUUCCAACACUUGAAGCAGUUGCUCAAGCUGGAAUCAUGUUGCCUCACGAACUGGAGAAAUUCAAUGCAAUCAAAUCAAGAUAUCAGAAAUAUUGGGUCAGUUUCAAUUGGGCUCUUGAGUUGUUGAAUGUUGCGAAAGCAGAAAAAAGUAUAGAUGGAGACAAUUCAAGGAAUGCAAUUGCACAGGAAAUCAGUAAAUUCAGAAGUGCUCUGACAACUGUAUCAAUGUAUGACUGGGUUCCAAUCCCUUUAAUGUAUCCACAACUUGUCAAUAUGGCUGUUCAUACAUACUUUUUUCUCUGUGUUUUCACACGUCAAUUCUUCAUUUCCGCUGAUGCUCACAACAAAACUGAAGUGGAUCUUUAUAUUCCAUUCAUGACAAUUAUUGAGUUCAUCUUCUAUAUGGGAUGGUUGAAAGUUGCAAUGGAGUUGUUGAAUCCAUUCGGAGAAGACGCAGAUGAUUUCGAUUGUAAUCUUUUGAUUGAUCGAAAUCUCGCUAUUGGAUUGACCUCAGUGGAUGAUGCAUAUGAUCAAUUACCAGAAGUUAAACCAGAUGUUUUUUAUGGAAGAUCUGUGAAACCGUUGGAUUCUGAUGACACGAGAAGUUUGAAAUAUCAUUUUGGAAGUGCUGCUCAAAUGGAAGAGAUUUCAUAUUUGAAAAAAGAGGAAGACAAAAUGAUUGCUGCUGGAAAGAAACCGAAUAAACUGAAGUUAUGGAUGAAGAGUAUGAAGAGAAAACGUUUCGAAACAACAGCAACUCAAUCAUAUUCUGUUUCGUUUCCAACGCCAUAA